AUGGGAGGUCAUUUCGUGCAGGGACAUGUUGAUUGGACGGGCGAGAUUGUUGAGUUUAAACCUGAAAGGGAUUCUUUGUGGGUGAAGGUGAAGACUGUGAAGGAGAUUUUGAGAUAUAUUGUGUGUAAAGGAUAUACUGCUGUGGAUGGAACUAGUUUGACUGUUGUCGAUGUGUUUGAUGAAGAGGACUGUUUUAACUUCAUCAAGAAAGUGGGACAGAAGGUUAAUCUUGAAGUGGAUAUAUUGGGAAAGUAUGUGGAGAGGCUUCCUAGUACUGGCUUUGUCGAUGCCAUCAAAUCUUCUUGA